AACUCAAACCGCCCCACCCAUAAUUUUCACGUCCCUCUCUCUCUCUCUCUCUCGAUACAUACACACACCCAUAUACUUACAUAUCCUUCUCCCCCCUCUCCCUCUAAUCAUUCAUAUGCUACCUCUGUUCCUUUGUGGAUUCUUGAAUUAUUUUUGAUUCGUAUCGAGCUUGCGGAUCUCUUUUGUUUUUAUCUUUUCAUUUUCAGGACACUCGCAAGUAAUAAUCUUUGCUUGACUCAAAAUCAAGAAAUAUUUUGAUUCAAGCUGAUGGAGAACAACACCCACAACAAUGAUAACCUCGGCACCAAGCAACCUUCACAAGAAGAUGGAAAAAUGGCCGCCAACAACAACGAGGAGGACGCUCAUAGACGAGAACAAGUAGACAACCCUAACGAUUUCAACUCUGAAACGGUAACCCAAGGCGACGAGGAGGAAGAGGAGGCGGAAACUCGAUCCAACUUGGACCAGCCUAAUCGUUCCUCCUCAAGAACUCCUUUCACUAAUCUCAGCCAAAUCGACGCUGACCUAGCUCUUGCCCGUACCCUUCAAGAACAGGAGAGGGCUUACAUGAUGCUGAGGAUGAACCAUGAUGGGAGUGAUUAUGGAAGUUGGGAAGGGGGAAGCUAUUUGCAUGACGAGGAGGAUGAAUUUGAUGAUCCCAAUGAUGAUACUGAUAGGGAUGAAGAUGAGGAUGAUGAAUAUGAUGGCACUGAUUUGGAUGAUGAGGAAGAUGCAUUUGAUGUGAAUGCUGACAACAGUAUUGAAGAGAAUGAUAGUGCCACUGCUGAAGUUGACCCCGGUGUUUAUUCCAGUGACGAAGCCUAUGCAAGAGCCCUGCAGGAAGCUGAAGAAAGAGAAAUGGCUGCCAGAUUGUUGGCUCUGGCUGGCAUAAAUGAUCAGUUAGCCACUGCAGGAGGUGAGGGUGUAGAAGAUCAUCGUCAUAAUUCUCAGGUAUCAAAUUGUUCAACUAAAUGCAAAUGGAACCAAAUUUUCUUAAGUCAUAUGGUAUGCACAUGUCAGGUGGUGUUGGCCUUCUUUUUUUUUUUUUUGGCUGGAGGGGUGGGAGGGUCUUCAUUUCUUUAACUAAAAAUUGGCAUCAAGGUCAACUUCCUUACUAUGGACUUGUGAUAAAGAGGAGCGGGAAUUAUCUAAACAGCCUGCACCAUACAGAAGUGGGAGGAUGGGUACAAUGAUUAAGAUUUUACAAUCGAUGAACUGAUAAAGAUUGUAGCUUCUGAAUUCUUUCUAACAUUAGCUUAGAUAUUGGUUCCGAUGACUUCCACCUUCACUUGAGUUGCCAAAAAAUGAUAGGUACAUUAAAGUUACUGACUAUAAUCCCACAUGUCUGGUAACAAGUAUUUAUAAAAUUAUAUCAAAGUUAUGCCCUUGAGAUAAGGAAAAUCAUAUUGCUCUUGUGAUAAGGAAAAUUAUUGAUGCUUCUCUCAGGCAAUGGAGCGGGUAAGGAUGUUAAAUGAUUAAAAGGUAAGGGCUUGGUGUCGAUGUUGGACCUUGAAGGCCUUUGAUAGGUUACUAUGAGGGUUCUGGGAUAAGGUUAUGCUUACAAAAGGUUUUGGGUUGAAGGAACUAGAUUAGGGAUUAUCUCUCUGCAACGACCUCCUUUCUUAUUGUCAAUGGGGAGAUAAAACUUUUAUGUAGAAGUGAUAUAAAGAUAAGUUUCACAAUUACACAUCCGCUAGCAAUAAAGGUGCACUCUAUUCUGGAAAAAUCUUCAAGGUCUAAAGAGAAGAGACUAGAAGGGGAAGAGAGAAAUUAACAAAUGUGUGGGAAAGGGAGAGGGAAAAGAGUUGAGAAAUGUAAGGAGAGAUGGGUAUAAGAGAAUACAGAGAAAUUUAGGGAGCAAUAUGCUUCAAAGUUUAUUCCAAAAUAAUACAUUAUCCUCUUUUGCAUUACAUCAGGUGUCUUAUAUAGCAAAAAAUGGGUGACAAAAAGAACCAAGGGUAAUGUGGAAACUUAUUGGUACUAUAAGGAGUUGCCAUUUCUCCUGAAGCAAUGAGAAGUGAGACAUGGCCACUUGUUCUCAUAUUUAGAGUAUUUACUUGACACAAAUAAGUCACGGUAGAUGGAAAGGGAUUCACAAUAUUUUGCCCCAGUAAAGAGAAUUUCUCGACUAGCAUUGUUUCUAUAUAUAGGGAAAAAAACUCAAUUUUACAAGAAUGCUUCUAUAAUAGAAAAUCACCCAAAGUCCAAAAAAUAUUAUACUGUACUGCAAGAGUUUUCCCUCUGCACCUCUAGGAACCCCUCCUUUUACAAGGACCUAAAUACACGCAUUAAAUCAUUUGAAUGAGUCAGAAAUCAACAUUCUCCACCUUCAUAAAUAUUUAUGAGUUUUGAAGAAACUCAAAGAUCCAAUCCUUCACCUUUGGGCCUGCCUUGGCAAUACUCUAAAGCAAGCAACAUCAAGCAAGUUCAGACAAUGUUUGAACGUCAUAGGUUGCACCUUUAGUAAUACAUUUGCUGCAUUAUUCUCUGUACCCACUCUCAAUAAUGAAAUGUCACCUAAAGUUAUUGAUUCCCUAAUUUUGUGAGAACACGUCUAUGUCCUUGGUACGAGCAUGGCAGACGUGAUUAUUUAUAACAAAUAUAAUUGACUAUUGCUAUAGGAUUAGAGAUGAUUUUUUAUCUUUAAUUUUUAAAAACUAUUGCUAUGUAGUUGAAGAGUUUGCUGUACUAAUCCCAUAGCUUAAACCAAUCCUCUAAACCAUAACACAUUUUCUGCAACGUGUGGUUAGUAUAUACUCUACCUCUGUUGUUGAUGUAACAAUAACAUUUAACAAUGUAACCUCCAACUUGUUGGGCCAUUUGCUAAUGUAAACAAUCUCGUGAUGGAUUUUCUAAUAUCAAAAUCACCUGCAUAAUCUUCAUCUUCAUAUCCCAAAAAAAAACCUGUGUAGUGAUGCAACAAAUACCAUAAUCGCAUGUAUCUCUCAAAUACCUAAGAACUCCUUUGAUGGCUUGUUAAGUUUUCUUACACGGAUUAACCAUGAAUUUGCUAACUGCAGUAAUUGUGUGCAUUAGGUCUAGCCAGGCACACCAUUUUAUACAUUGAACAUCUGAUCGUAUUAGCGUAACGGAUCUUUGAUGUCAAUUCCACAUCCUCAUCUGUUUGGGACACUGUAAACUUGACAGCUUGAAGUGAUCUGCAAUGGGGUACAAACUUGAUUUGCAUUGUCCAUGCCAAACCUCUCCAGUACCUUCUUAUGAGACCCAAAUCUUCUUGUCUCUAUAGAUAUCUAUGUAGAGAUGGAAAUCUUCUUUCAUGUCUUUGCUUACUGAAGGUUUAAGGUUGUUCAUAUCGCUAUGUGCCGGAAACAAUCAACAGAUCAUCAACAUCAAUUAAUAGAAAAUAUAUGCUCAUUUAUUCAAAACCUUAAGAUAGACAACAAUCAUAGUCAAAGCGGGUGAAGCUGAUACUCGUCAUAUAUGUUAAACAUAGAGGAUUGCUUCAAUAUAUACAUUGAUUUCUGAGCUCGCAAACAGUCUUUUUUUCCCAAGCUUCUUUUAAACCCCUUGGCUCUCCCAUGUAUAUUGCUCUUUCAACUUGCUAUGUAGAAAGGUGACUUUUACAUCUAGCUACUCUAGUUGUAAAUAAAAUUGAGCUAUUCAAGGCCUAAAAAACCUAAUGGAAGUAUGCCUUACAAUGGGAGAGAAUACUUAUUUUAGUUUAUCCCUUCUUUUUGUGAGUACUCUUUUGCAACUAAUCUUGCUUUGGAUCUGUGACUUUCCCUUUUUAUGGCUCCCUCCAUUUUAUAUAUUAACUUGCAUCUACUUUCCUUUUCCUCCUGAAAGUUCAUCUCACUCCCAUGAUUGGCUUUGUGUAGAGACUUCAAUGUCCCUUUUUGUCUUGAAGUUCAUCUAACUCCCAUGAUUGGUUUUUGUGUAGAGUCUCCACCUCUUCAAACAUAGGUUCCAUCUAAGUCUUUCUCUGGAAUGGAAAUUGCUUCCUGAAAGGAACAAAGUUCUUCAGAACUAGUUAAUAGAGCAAAAGAUGUUUCAUCGGCAUACCUCAUAGGAUGUGUCUAGGUCGUCUUCCAAUGGCAAUGUUGUGAAAUCGGGUCUGUUUCUAUUCAAUCUAAGAAAACUGGGUGUCACUAUUAUCGUCAUUUGACUGAUAUGUUGUUUGAGAUGAUUUUCCUAAAGCACUUAACUCCACCUGUAUUUUGGGACCUUGUACAUUGAAGAAACAUCUUCAUGAGCAGGAUUUUGCUUUAGCUUUGUUCCAUCAAAGUUUAGAUCUCUGCUAACCAUCAUCUUCCCUUCUUUUGGAUCCAACAUUUUGUAAUCUUUACUUCUCUUUGGUUAAUUCUCAAAGAUGCAUUUUCUUGAGUUGACAUCCGAUUUAAACUGCAAUUCACUGGGAUAUUUGCAUAGGCUGGGCAACAAAAUGUUCUAAUUUUAUAAUAGUCCAUCUUUUUUAUCUAUCUAUACUUCGUUAGCUACCUUUCGUUAUUUUAAUUUUGGCGAACAUGACCUGUUAUCAACGGAGCCGGCUGUGUUAGCUGCUUUGUCUCAUGUCCUGGCGCUUUCAAGUAAUGUUUUGUUCAUUCUUUCUGCAAGUGCAAUGAAUUGCAUCAUGUCCUUCUUUCUUGCCAAAAGUCGAAAGAUUCUUGACUUUAUUACUCCCCUUUGUUGUCAGACCCGACAUAUUUAACGUGUUUUUCUGUAUGUCAUUCAGCCUUGGUUUUCAAUUGUUUGAAGUGAGACUACUUCAGACUUUUCUCACGUGAAAUAAAUCCAAACUUUUCUGGAAAAAAUCAUAAUGGGACUUCUGAAGUAUCUAGCUCCACCUUUUGCUGGUGUCUUGGCUUGACUACUUACUAUCUGCAUGUAUGUACUCUUAAUGUGUCCUUACUUUUGAGCUUAUCUUAUUUUGUUUCCCAAGAAUGCAAUGUUUGCUAAAAUCAAUGCAUAUUUUAAUCCUCCUCAACAACUUCAUUUUGUGGAGCUUCACGCUGCUUGGCUCGCAUAUGCUAGAGGGUAGAGUCAUCUGGUCAAAUUAUAACAAAACAACAGAAGUAUCAUACCUAGGACUAUACUCCCAAUCAACUCAUCCAAAA